AAGUAAUUCCGAAGUAAUUCCCUUUUGCCAGUUUUAUUAUUAUUCUCUGGAUAAUUAGAUUGUAAAUAGCCAUCAGCUCGCUAUCAUUAAUAAAGCAAUUAAAACUUUCAGUCACACACUGAUAAAUACCUUUCUGUUUUCACAAUAUUUAAUCAUUAACUAACAAGAUUCUUCUAUGACAUCAUAGAAACUUGAAAAGGUUCUACACUGACUUUAUUAGAACACUGAAAUGUUCUAUAUGGAAUUCAAGGAAUUCAAAAGGGUUAAAUAGCAUCAUAUAGGAAAUGUUCUGGGACUUUAAAUGUUUUAUGACUUUGGAACAACUUUUUGUGCAUAGAUUUGACAAAAUCGCACUUAAAUGGUUGUAAUUCACGAAAUGGAAUACAGACCUAAGGUUGGUCUCUUUUUCAAAAAAAGACACUCUGAUUAUUGCUGAAGUGAAAGCACUUAAAAAUAUGAAAGUGUAAAAAAAGUUAUAGAAGUUUACUGUAAAACAAAUGUACUGUACUAAACAUUUUUUAUUUAAUACAAAAUAGGCCUAUAUACUUUACAAAAUUAUUUUUACUCUAAAAUUGCUAUAAAAUCAAAGCCAUGUCUAACCAUGUUGUGUUCUAAAUUUGAAGCUGAUAUCACAAAAAUUGAAGUGUUUAGGCGCUAUACCAAAAAUAGCCAAAUUCCAUUGAAUUUUUUUUAUGCAUUCUCCUGUGACAAAUUUCUGUCAUAAUAUCAGUUCUAUCACAAAACAGUAACCAUAUGUGGAAUCUUGAGUCUCAGACCGUUCCUAUGAUAUUUGUCAAGAUUAGAAUUUUUUUUUUGUCAAGAUUAGAAAAACUUUCAGUCACACACUGCUAAAUACCUUUCUGUUUUCACAAUAUUUAAUCAUUAAUUUAUGUUGUAAUAUUAAUUCAUGUAUGAUUUAUACAUGUAUUGUAUUUAUUAUUGAUUUAUGUAUUUGUUUGUUGAGGGAGUCCGGCAGUAAUGCGGUUAAAUGCUGAGUGCGCAGAGCAUCUCUCUCUCUCUCUCUCUCUCUCUCUCUCUCUCUCUCUCUCUCUCUCUCUCGUGAUGACUGUUCGUGCCUCCACACCGCAUGCGUGAGCGUGUGUAGAUGGAUCAUUUCACCGGAGACAUUGCAGCAUCCACGCGAUUAUUCUCGCACAGAUCGACGGCAGCACGGACAAAUCUAUCUGUAUCUCUUUCUGUCUGUCUGUAUUCCUGUCUGUCUGUCUGUCUGUCUGUCUCUCUGGGUUCGUGUCGGUGUGGCGGAUCGCGGCUGCUCACUAAGAUGCUGCGGCUCCGGCUCUGUUUAGCGUGACCGUCUGCCUCGUCUCACAGCGGGAGGCCGGAGAUCCGCCCACACACACACUCUCGCCGUCGCCAUGACGACCUCGGCCCUCCGGAGGCAGGUGAAGAACAUCGUGCACAACUACUCGGAUGCGGAGAUCAAGGUGCGGGAGGCGACCUCCAACGACCCCUGGGGCCCGUCCAGCUCGCUGAUGUCGGAGAUCGCCGAGUUGACCUUCAGCGUGGUGGCCUUCAGCGAGGUCAUGGCCAUGGUGUGGAAACGCCUCAACGACCACGGCAAGAACUGGAGACACGUCUACAAGGCUCUGACCCUGCUGGACUAUCUGGCCAAGACGGGUUCGGAGCGGGUCGCCCAGCAGUGCCGCGAGAACGCCUUCACCAUCCAGACGCUCCGCGACUUCCAGUACGUGGACCGCGACGGGCGCGACCAGGGCGUGAACGUGCGCGAGAAAGCCAAGCAGCUGGUGGCGCUGCUGCGGGACGAGGAGCGUCUGCGGCUGGAGAGAGCGCAGGCCCUCAAGACCAAAGAGAGGAUGGCGGGCAGCGGCGUUCCUCCCGCGUAUCCCAGCAGGCGCAGCAGUCAGCCCAGCAUGGCCGCGCUGUACGGAGAAGAGUUCAACCACUCCAGAGGAUCGCCGUCCUCCUUUAACUCGUCAUCCUCGUCUCCUCGAGCGUCUGAUCUGGAACAGACUCGACCGCAGACCAGUGGAGAAGAAGAACUACAGCUGCAGCUCGCGCUGGCCAUGAGCAGAGAGGAGCAGCGCAGCCGUCAGGGAGACGAUCCUCAGCCUCGUCUUCAGAAGGUUGUGGAGGAGAGCGAGAGACGGCGAGAGCCGGGCCCUUCAGAGUCGGCCAUGAUCGACCUGGUGGAUGUGUUUGGUCCCACGCCUGCCGCGCCGGUGAGCGACGACCCCUGGGACGCCCCGCCCACCUGCUCCGUGAACUCUGACCCCUGGGAGUCUGUAGCUGUAGUGAAGUCCAGUAACCCGGUGGUUGGUAGUCCCUGGACGGCUCGCCCUUCCUCCAGUAGCCCCGCCCACCCCUGGGGAACCCACCAAUCGCCUCCUGACCCCUGGGAUGAUCCACCUUCAAACUCCACCUCUAAUAUGGAUGAAAAAGCCUGGAGGAGCCCAGCACGACUAAUUCUGAGUGGGAAGGACCCGUUUUCCAUUCCAGAGGAGGAGGAGCUUAGAGUGGAGGGGGAGGGGCCUGUAGUGGAGGGGGAGGGGCCAACUCAAGUGUUCAGCCCUCGCUGUGAGAGUCCUGCAGAUGCCGAUCAGUUCGAGGAGUUGGUGGUGGGCGUUCAAGUGAACGGACGGGCGAAUGACAGUCCGGAGACCUUUGACCUCUCUCGCCUCGGGCCUCCCCUAGACGCGGUGAUCCCCAGACAGUGCCGGACCCCUGAAGCGUUCCUCGGGCCCACCGCCGCCUCCCUCGUGAACCUGGACACACUGAUUCCAACGAACCCGCCGGCCAAGAGCAAAAAUCCCUUUCUGUCAGGUCUGAGCACGCCGUCUCCCACGAACCCUUUCCACUGUGAGCAGCCCAGACUGACUCUGAAUCAGAUGCGGCCUCACUCCACCUCGCCGCUGCCGGCGCCCGCUCUGUCCUACAGCGCCUCCCUUCCUCAGCCCCUCCUGCAGCAGAGGCCCCAGACUCUGCCCUCGUCCUACACGCAGCCACCCCACGGCCUGCUGGACAUGCCCAGCAACCUGCCACAGCCGCUGCUACCCCUCACGCCCGUCCCGCUGCAGCCCUCCGGCCGACAGAGCCACAACCCCUUCCUCUGAGGAACCGCUUCGGUUCACACUGAAGUGUGGGAAACGGACACUGAAACCGGAUUACGGUGAUUCGCUUUCAGUGUGAACGGACUGAAGAGCUGAUUUGAGGCCUGCGAUGUUACUAGGGUUGGUUUUUAGUGACGGUACUUUUCCAAUAAGACACAUUUUAUGCCGGCUGACUUUAUUAACUUGCGUUCGUUCGUUCGUCUGUAUUAUGCGUGAUAAUUUAUUCAAGCGCAAGAGCUCAGCCUGGAUUUAUAUCGAGCUUAAAGUCAACAUGAACUCAAAACAAACUCCAUUUACUUUCCUAAUACACCAUCCUGAUCUUACUGUGCACUUAUUGUGGCAUGAGAACAUGUUAUUCCAAAAUUUGUUAUCAUAAUCACAAUAUUUUAACAUGUUCUGUCUCUUGAUUGGCUGACAUCAUCUAGGUCAGGAGUUUUCAAUCUUUUCGAUGCCACGAACCCCCAAAAUCACAGAUCCUCAUCCUAACAUUUAAAAGACAGAUAUAUAUUUGCAUGUUUAAAGACCCAAUAUAUUAAAUUAAAAAUUAAUUAUAUAUUAAUUAAAAGGUAAUAUUGCAAAAGUGUAAAAUAUUUGGAUUUUUUUUUUUUGUUUGUUUGUUUAAUGUUACAUUAUUUACCUUUCCAUCCACUUACUAUUGUAAUGUAUCUUUAGAUACUGUUGUAUUAUUUAUUUAUUAUAUAUUAUUAUUAUUAUUAUUAGAGAUACACUGAUAUAUGGGCCAAUAAUCGGUAUUUAAAAUAAUCAACAGUUUAAAAACAGCCAAUAAUCAGGUACGAUAUAUGCUGUCAAUAAAAAAAAGGGCAUGGCUUUGUUAAAAGUGUUACGAUUCAACAGUCGUAAAAGCCAUAUUGCAAAUUUGCCUUUUUUUUUUUUUUUUUUUUUUGUGCAGCCUUAGUAAAAACACAAUUUAUUAGAGGUGUAACGGUACACAAAAAUCACAGUUCAGUACGUACCUCGGUUUUAAAGUCACAGUUCGGUACGGUUUUCGGUACAGCAGGUGGGGAGAAAACUAAACAUAAAAUCGCUUUUUUUUUAUUAAACAGUGGUUACUGUUCAAAUUGUGUUUUUGUCUUUAAAUAUAUUAAAUUAAAUUAUAACUAAAAGUUUCUUAAGGAUAAAAAAAUUAUCUCUGCUAAUGCUAUAAACUAUGUAGCAGCCCUUAUUUGAACAUUAUGCUAUUAUAAUAAGGUAUAAGGUUAACAACUAAGCCCAAACUAUUUUAGAUAAAAUAAUCAACACUCAAAUAACAAAUUGUAGGCCUAUGGAAACAUUUAUGCUGCACCUAAGGCAGUUUUGCAUUAACUUCUAAAUGUUUUUACUUCAAUUCGUUGUUGAAAUAUAAUUAUUUAUACACAGUGGCUGUCAUUUUCACAACAGAUUUAUUUAAACACACAUUAAAUAGCCUAAUCAGGACAUCACUAAAAGGUUAAGUAAAAUAUAAUGAAUAUACAGUGCAUAUAUUUAGCGAAAGAGUUCAUUUCUCUAGCGAACUAACAAGCUGUAGACAGUAAAUGGCUUUCAUGAGGUAAAUGCUACAUGACAGAUUGUUUACAAGCUUUCAUUGAUGUCUUUCCGCCGUUGAAACACUGAUUGAGCGAUUACAAGAGCUGACCGUUUCAAUAAGUUGUACUGUAUCUUUCAACAUACCUUCAGAUGUUCAUUCAUGUUUAUUCUGUAACUAGUAUUAAAGAGGAAGAGAUGAUCGUGUUCACUUGCGCUCGCACUGCCGGUUGAACUGAGGCGCCUGUACAGUGAUCUGUCACGGUGCAUCAAAGCACGUCAAAAUGACAUUUUCUGUUUAAAUUUUGUGGAAUAAGGAACACUUUGUUGUUAACGCAGAGCUUAUUGCGAUUAUUGGUGGUUAAUGGUGAUAGGCUACAAUGUUACAAUGUAAUGCUUUGGUACACACGUGCACCUAAACGGUUCGGUACGAAUACGUGUACCGUUACACCCCUACAAUUUAUUACAUUAAACAUGUAUUGAAUAUUAAUUUAAAUUUUUUAAUGCAUUUAUUUAUUCAAUAUUUAUUUAUAUAUAUUUAUUAAUAUAUAUCUGAUUUAAUUAAUUAUGUAUUAAUUUAUUUUACAGUUUUUCCACUGUUUAUCUGUAAACUUGUCGAUGGACCCCUAAAUCUCCUGAACCCGGUCUGACCCUGAUCUAGAUCACAUGUGCGGGGAAAAUCAUCUAAACCAAUAGCCAAGCAGUUACCUGGGCAUUAUUAGGCUACUGAUGUAGGUCGUUUUUUGCAAUUAGCUGAUGUAGUAACUAAUGCUGGUUAAUGUAAUGCAAAUGACAGCAAUAAUAUCCAUUCUGGUAUGCAACGUCCACUUUUCACAAUCUACUGAUUGAUACAGUCCCAACUGAAUAUCAGAAAUGAUGUCACAUCAUGUGUUGUGGAUGUUGUUUCAUGUUGACUUUAAUAUGUUGGCUCAACGCUUUACUCUUCUGCUGCACAGGAACAGCAUGCUGCUAAUGAACUUAGGAAGGGGUUAAAUGUCAGUAUCUCGGCCAAAAGCAGGACAGAAGACAUGAGGAGGGACAUUUCAGGAACAUCAGCUACUAACCGAGAACAAACUCACCGUCCUCUCCUCGUUCCUCAAACCCUUCCCGUUUCCUGUCUAUUGCCUCGAAUCAUUGGAUCCUGUGCAAUUAGAUCCGGCACUGAUUGUAACCGAGCUCCUCCAUGUGCCUGUCCCACCGACAGUCCCACAAUGCACUGGGGCUGGCGCCUCACUUCCUGCUUGGAUCUCAGGAUCGCCACCCACAGGAACCCGCAUAGCCAAUUAAAACUCACGGUGUCUGUCCGAGAGGACCAGUACAGACGGACGUGUUUUAUAAUCGCUACAGACUCGAUGUGAGUCGAUGCUGAAUUAUCCGAUGCUGUUAUUUCCUCCACUCAGAAGUGAUUCAAGAUCAAGUACCAGCUUUACUGUUAAUCACUGCUAAUGAGUAUGCCAUCCAGUCUGUCCUAGUGAAGGAGAACCAGGUUAAUCGUUUAAUCUACUAUGAGUUAAAUGGUAUAUAUCAAAGACACAAAUAAAUGAAUGUUAUUCACUUUUAA